CCCUUUUUACUAUGCAAACCCACCCCUCCACCCCCCCACUCUCUCAAUAAGCUGUAUCAGCCCCUGUGUUGUCUCAUGUUAUACAAUAUGUUGAUCACUCCUGUUGUAAAGCCACACACAUGAUACAGUAUGGACGAGGCAUGUGUGAUAAGAUUAUAUGUUUGACAUACAUUUGUUAAGACUAUAUAUGUAAAGCUGGUGUGUUACACAGUUUGUAAACCUUUAUGUUUGUGAUACACAUUUGGUGUGAUUGUGUUACCAUGGUUACAUAAUGUGAUACGUUUUACAAUACUAUACCAUAUGUGUUUGUCAACAUAUGCAAUACAUAUUUGUGAUAUGUGUAUAUAUAUACACACACGGACGCACACACACAUUGAGUAUGUCAAUGGAUCUCAUGAAGAGUAUCUCAUGCAAAUUAUUCCUUAUUUAUAUUGAAUUUUGUCAACUGUAUCUUGACACCAAACUGGAUUAUGAAACAAACUGUGUCAGAGAAUGACAUAAGUGUUUGACUUAUAUUUAUCAUUUUGCUUGCCAUAUUAUCCUUGCCAAAUGAACUCUUCAUGUUUAUAUUCUGACAUAACUGACAGACUGGGCUUAAUUCCCACCAAGCUUUUUAUAGUUCUGCAACAAAUAUCAACAUAUGCUGCUGGAACAUUCCAAACAUUCUCACAUGCUGGAACAUCCCAAACAUUCUCACAUGCUGGAACAUCCCAAACAUUCUCACAUGCUGGAACAUUCCAAACAUUCUCACAUGCUGGAACAUCCCAAACAUUCUCACAUGCUGGAACAUCCCAAACAUUCUCACAUGCUGGAACAUCCCAAACAUUCUCACAUGCUGGAACAUUCCAAACAUUCUCACAUGCUGGAACAUCCCAAACAUUCUCACAUGCUGGAACAUCCCAAACAUUCUCACAUGCUGGAACAUCCCAAACAUUCUCACAUGCUGGAACAUCCCAAACAUUCUCACAUGCUGGAACAUUCCAAACAUUCUCACAUGCUGGAACAUUCCAAACAUUCUCACAUGCUGGAACAUUCCAAACAUUCUCACAUGCUGGAACAUUCCAAACAUUCUCACAUGCUGGAACAUUCCCAAACAUUCUCACAUGCUGGAACAUUCCAAACAUUCUCACAUGCUGGAACAUUCCAAACAUUCUCACAUGCUGGAACAUUCCACACAUUCUCACAUGCUGGAACAUUCCAAACAUUCUCACAUGCUGGAACAUUCCAAACAUUCUCACAUGCUGGAACAUUCCAAACAUUCUCACAUGCUGGAACAUUUCAAACAGUCUCACAUACUUGAAUGUUCCAAACAUUCUCAUAUGCUGGAACAUUCCAAACAUCCACACAUGCUGGAACAUUUCAAACAUUCUCACAUACAUGAACAUUCCAAACAUUCUCACAUGCUGGAACAUUCCAAACAUUCUCACAUGCUGGAACAUUCCAAACAUUCUCACAUGCUGGAACAUUCCAAACAUCUACACAUGCUGGAACAUUCCAAACUUCUCACAUGCUUGAAUGUUCCAAACAUUCUCACAUGCUGGAACAUUCCAAACAGGCUCACAUGCUUGAACAUUCCAAACAUUCUCAUAUGCUGGAACAUUCACAUAUAUUGUUCUUAUUUCAAAUCAAAAUGCACAUAUUUAGAUAGCUUGAUAAUACACUUUCAUGAUGAUGUGAUAAAGUGCAGUUUUAGGGGCUGCCGUGUUACCUUUGUGGUGUAGCCUAUCAGAUGUAGCUGAUUUUGAAUCAGAGAGGAACUCACAAGUCUCCACAUACAACUUAUAUUAAGUAAACUACUUUUAGAGUUGAAUGAAGAUGCAUAUAUGGAUCUGACGGGUAUAGCAACUGUUUCUUUGUUGUCAUGGCCAUUUACUCUAUGUUUUUAGUUGAAAUACGUACAAUGAACUGCUGUUAUACUGAGCUUGGUGCUCAAUGGUUAUAUCCAUAGGUUACUGUUCUCCAUUCCUGUGGGUAAGAUAAAUACUUGUACAUAUUUGAGGGGUCUUUGUUUUAAACCAAUUGCUGGUGUAUUCACCACUGGAAUCUCUGGUUUGGAAAAUAUUUUUAGUGAGGAUAUAAUUUUGCCGCUGUACUUGUGAUAAUACAUUUUGAGGUAAUAUGACAUUAAUGUGGCAGUUGGAGUCAUUAAUUCCAGCCCAAUCCAACCAGUCCCAAAGAUAUCAAACACAAUCCAGACUGAACCAGUAAAUCCAUGUUUGAAUAAGUUUGAAA